UUUGUUCAAAGCCGGCUGCCUCCGCUAUGAAGAAGCCCUUUGGUCUCAGGAGCAAGAUGGGCAAAUGGUGCUGCCACUGCUUCUCCUGCUGCAGGGGGAGCGGCAAGAGCAACGUGGGCACUUGGGCAGACUAUGACGACAGUGCCUUCGAGGAGCCAAGGUACCAGGUCCGGCGAGAAGACCUGGACAAGCUCCACAGAGCCGCCUGGUGGGGUAAAGUCCCCAGAGCCGAUCUCAUCGUCAUGCUCAGGAGCACUGAUGUGAACGAGACGGACAAGGAAAAAAGAACUGCCCUCCAUUUGGCCUCUGCCAAUGGGAAUUCAGAAAUAGUAAAACUCUUGCUGUACAGAAGAUGUGAACUUCAUGCCUUUGACAGCAAAAAGAGGACAGCUCUAAUAAAGGCCGUACAGUGCCAAGAAGAUGAAUGUGUGUUAACGUUGCUAGAACAUGGCACUGACCCAGACCUUCCGGAUGUGUAUGGCAAUACCGCGCUACACUAUGCGGUCUACAAUGAAGACAAAUUACUGGCCAAAGCACUGCUUUUAUACGGUGCUGAUAUUGAAGCAAAAAACAAGUGUGGCCUCACGCCACUUUCACUUGCUGUAUAUGGACAAAAAGAGAAAAUGAUGAAAUUUUUAAUCAAGAAAAAAGCUAAUGUAAAUGCAAUUGAUAAAUUUGGAAGGACUGUGCUUAUACUUGCCGUAUGUUGUGGAUCAGCAAGUAUGGUUGGCCUUCUACUUGAUCAAGAUAUUGAUGCAUUUUGUCAAGAUAAAUCUGGAAAAACUGCCAGGGAUUAUGCUGUGUCUAGUCAACAUAAUAUAAUUUGCCAAUUACUUUCGGACUACAAAGAAAAACAGAAGUCAAAAAAGUUUUCUGAAAACAGCAAUCCAGAACAAGAUGCU